AUGGAUUAUCAAUAAUUUGUUGAGAAAAAUAACAUUUUACAAGAUGAAUAGAUUUAUCACUUUAAUUAAGAUGAAUAAAAUGAUUUCAUAGAUUAGAAACCAUGGGAUAGUUCACCUAAUUAUUUUAAGAAAUGCAAAAUUUCUAUUGCUUCUGUAAUUAAGAUGUUGAUUCAUGCAUGUCUUGGAAGUAUUUGAAUAAUAAAUUAAAUAUAGAGAAUAAUGAAGUUAUGGGUUUAAUGUAAGGUAGAUGUGAUAAAGAAACAUUUAUUAUUUAUGAUGUAAUUUACUUAAAUGCAGAAGCAAGUGAAGUGAAUGUUACACUAAGUAGAUAUAAUUAUUAUUAAAUUAUUAGCUCCUGAAGCUAUGGGUGAAUAUGUAUAAAUGAUUGAAAUGUUAGAAACUGUUGGAAGAGUACAUCCAACUGUAGGAUGGUACCAUUCUCAUCCAAGUUAUGGAUGUUGGCUAAGUGGUACUGAUGUACAAAAUCAAAGAAUCUAAUAAAUGGGUUAUGGUGCAUUUGUUGCUGUUGUGA